AUGAAAGUUGCGUUGGUCGUGUUGCUUUUGCUGUCGGUAAGCGCGUCGGACAGCCUGAUCGGGCGGGCGGGCGGAUGGAGGACCAGGCCGGACCGGGAUAACAGGUCGGCCGCGAAAACGUGCUCGACGACCACGGAGGCGGCUGCCGCCGCGGCCGAGAACGCGACGGCGGCGGCGGCGACGGCCAAAGCGACGCCAACGACGCCCGACCGCAUGGUCAAAAUGAUCUCGGACGCGUUAGCCGGUUGCAACGACACCACCUUUGAGGAGUGCGCCGGCAAGAUAGCGGCCGCGCUGGCCGCCGGCCAACAGCCGACCACGCCGGCCAACACCGCCAACGUGCACUACAUGUUGAUGAUCAACAACGGCUCCAUCGCGACGGCCGACGACCACGACGACGCCAAGGUGGCCGCCAUCGUUUCGCGCGUUUUCGACUUAUUCCUGGAGAAGUUCAACUGCACGCCGGCGUGGUCGCCGCCGACCGAGACGACGGCGGCUACUGCGAACGAGUCGGCGGCCAACACGUCCACCACGGUUGUGGCCGAGGAGCCGCGGACGAUAAACGACGCCGCUGCGCCCACCGGCGAAGACCUCACGACGGCGGGUUAUGUGGAUGACGCGGCCACUUGCACGGGGACGGCCGCCCCCGCGGUGUCCACGCCGAGCACUGCGAAAACCGUCGAAACGACGGCGGACGACGACGGACGACCGUCGCGCUGUGCGGACGACCAACCCGACGAUCUGGACGCGUUCGGUGUCAAGCCUGACUUGUACGACCUGUUGAACAGUUACCGGAUACCGCCGCAGUUCGAAAGCGCGAGCAAGUCAAAACCGUGA